AUGAAGAUCUCUCACAUCUGUCUCAUUUUUGUUACGCUGCGUCAUCAAACCGCCGCAUUGCCUGGACUAGACAAACGAGAAGCCGACUUUGAUAGCGUACGAUUGCUAUCACGCUUAGACCGACCAGAUAUUCAACCCAAAGGACAAGAGACUUCUCAGACUUACUUCCCUCAAUCACCCCUUAGAGCACAAUACGACGUCCGCUUCACAGACCACCUCCUCGACGAUGCAUCUCACCACCUCAACCUCAUUGCUCUAGCGCAAAGCUACUUGAUCUCCAUGAACGAUCUCGGGAUUCCCACUUGGUUGAUGCACGAUACUCUUCUAAACUGGUAUCGGGCUGGAGAGCUGGGCCAAGAACAGUCUCACGUUGAUGUAAUGGUUUCUCCGAAAUCAAUGGAAUUCCUCGCGGAGUUCUGUAAUAUGACGGUUUACAGUCACAGACCGCAGCACUUCAAGAAGAAGAGGAAUUAUCUACUUGAAGUUAGUCCUUUUUACCAGGAGAGUCGUGGUGAUGAAGUGGAUGCUAGAUGGAUCGACACUCAUACUGGGCUGUAUAUUGAUGUCAAGACGUAUCGGGACCACGGCACCACUGAGAAGUCGCGUGGGACCAAUCGGUUGCAGGAGACUGUCUUUGAGGGCGUUGCCGCGAGGGUGCCGCGCAAUCAUGUUGAGAUAUUGAUUGACGAGUAUGGACAGGAAGCGGUUUCGCCUCGGCAGAACGGAUGA